AUGUCAGAUGUCGGAGGAGCGUUUUUCUGUUUGGCGUUACGUGUUAUCUUUAUGGAUUUCGAAAGUGUACUGCUCGUUAAAAAUGAAGUGUUCGUUUAUCAGAUCCCUCCAAGGCAAUCGAAUCGAGGAUAUAGAGCCAGUGACUGGAACCUAGAAGCACCUAUGUGGACUGGAAGACUGCGUGUUGUUUCUAAGGGGAAAGACCUUGUCAUACGACUGGAAGAUAAAAAUUCUGGACAGUUAUAUGCAAAAUGUCCUGUGGACUCAUUCCCUGGAAUAUUUGUCGAACCAGUUCUGGACUCAAGUCGAUAUUUCGUUAUCCGACUUGUUAACGACGAUGGACGGAGUAUGUUUACGGGAAUCGGUUUUGCAGAACGGUCAGAUUCUUUUGAUCUUAAUGUUGCUAUCCAGGAUCAUUUUAAAUGGUUAAAACAGGAAAAGGAAGCUGAGGAAAUGGAGAAAAAUGCAACCGAUCAACCAGCCAUAAAUAUGGGAUUCAAACAGGGCGAAAAAAUUAAGCUGAAUCUCAAUACAAAACGUACUGGGGAUGACCCGAGUUCCAAAUCAAAAGUUUCACGUCCAAUUGGUGUUUCAUUAUCUAGUGGUUUACUUCCCCCUCCACCACCCCCGGCUACUUCUCGGUCUCGUGGUAGUCGUACUGUUGUUGAAACUGUAACUGCUCCAGUAUCUACGGAUUUGCUGAACGAUAAUUCGUUACAAUCGAACCAUACGAAUCCUAUGUGCACAUCUAGUGUAAGUGAUUGAAAUUUAGUUGUCCUCAACGUGGUCUCAUGUGACGUUUUCUUCUGCUGGCGAGGGAAAUAAUGCGUGUGGUUACACUCCGUUUUUUGCGUUGUUAGUCCAAACACAGUCGGAAGCUUUCGGUCUAUUUAAUGUUUACGAAGACGGCAUCAGCUGGUGCGUAUUGCGUAAUAAUAAGUUGAAUUCAGUUUCCAAUAACUUUUGAAAUUUGGCUAGUUCCUCGCAAAUAUUUAUAUAAGGAAAUGUAAACAAGUGUUAGACUCAUUAAUAUUUAUAUGUAUCCUAUAAAAACAGUAAUGUAACUUAGCAAUAUAAUACAGGUUUUUUUUACUGCUAGACAGUAGGACAUAUCUAGUGUUUGAGGGUUUACGAUACUACCCGGUUACCUAGCUAAAUUAAGUCGAGUCAGACUUCAAUGAACUAGGCACCAAAUCCUUGAAGUUCAUCUCCUAAAGUCAACGAAACAGAAUAACGCAUUGGACGGAGUUAGCUUUUUGUAAAUCUUUAUCGUUUCAGUAGUUAGGCCAACCAGAUGAUCGGUAUUAUUGAUCAUAUUGUCAUUUUCAAGAAAAUACACCCAUCUUUUUCAUAGUCAGUCAAUUUUAACGUGAGACUAAUAGCUUCGAGCGACAUACUUGUGAAAUAAAUCAGUUAACAAAAGACAAUUGCACGAAGAAAGCUUUCUUUCGACGAAUCAUUUUCAAAAGCCGUACAAUCGUAAUCAUAGUUACAACAAAAUAUAUAUCCAUCAAUAGCUAGUGGACCAAUAUAAAGUCAUCAAAAACGAUCAAUAAGGUCACAAGUGAAUAACAGCUAGAAGGUCAACUUAAGGUCAUCGAAAACUGCGUAUAGGAUUAUAAUUAAUAAACAAACAGCAAGCAAAGAAAGGAAUAAAAUGGCUUAGGGACAUUACGAUUAAGUUAAAAUUAGAGAUCGAAUGUAUCACUUGUGAAUGCAAAGUUCAGGUGUGAACCGCUAGAUCGCCAAAGCUUCCGCUGUUUUGAGGCAACAGAUACGCACUCCCUUCUAAAUGCUUGAUUUCACUUUAUAAAUGACUUUAAAAGGGGAUUCUUGUGAAGCAGUUACCCAAAUACUCAAGAAUCGAGCUGCUAAUGGCUUUGUGCCCUCUUUUAGACAGCCAUGGAGAAAAGUGUUCAGAGAUGCGUUUGGAUAGACCACGCUUUGUGGGGCCCGUGUAACUAGCUCCACGAGAGCGGGUGAAAUGGCAAACACACAUGGAGGUGGCCCAAAGCGGUAGUUCAUCCUUUAAAUACCCUCGAAUCAGUCGUUGAUGUGAGAAAACAAUCCGAAGCUGGGCGGAAGUAUUGAAGAAGACUGCUGAUAACUCAAAAACUUUAAAUAAAAGGGAAUCAUGCUUGUACUGUGAUAUACGAUGAACGCUAAUUCCCUGCUAGUUUAACUAUAACCCAGUGUUAGUUGGUCUGAGACAAUGAGGGCUUCCUGCCUCCAACCAACUAAUAUCCAUCAAAGUGGUUCGUGAUGGUGAACCUCCUAGCUUGGCGACCACAUUGCAAAAUUAUCGAUGGAAUUCAGUCAAACUCAGGACCAGACGACACGAGAUUCAUUGCUCUCCAGUGACCGAUCAAUAUAUAUAACUCAAAGUAUAGAGUAUUGUAGCAGAUAUCAGUGGCGCCAAACUACCCAAAUGUGUCAAGUAUGGUAGUUUAUUUAGAAUAUAUUCUGAUAAUUGAUACCACACCACGGCUUGGUUAUUGGUUGCAUAUAACCAGUGCUUCAUUCCACCUAGAUUUAAAACCUUUUGAGAAGCAUGGUAACAUACAUUUGGACCUACUGGUUGUUAUUCCUGGGAGAUAAUUUUCGACUCUAUCGAAAAGGCCAGUGGAUAUCACUAUUGGACUAGUCCUGAUAUGCGUAGCCGUCCUUCCCAUUAUACGCGUUGGCAGAGAUGAACCCGUUGCACUGUUAUCUAGGUUUGGUAUUUUGUCAGCUAACAUUGCCAUGGAUAGCGUUCGUAUAAUGGGGUCGUCGUACUGUUUUAUGUUUACCAGUCGUCUACACUUUCGGGGUUAUGAGUGACAGUGUCCUGUGAUACGUCUCCCAAUUAUCCUUAGGCUCAUCAAAAGUAUAAAUGUUCUUUAACAUUUUUUCGCCUCACCAAGUGUAUAAAUCCGCAUUUGGUAAAAAAAGCCUGUCAGUUCUCAUAUAGUGUAAACUCUACAUGAACUGUGUUGUGGUUCGUGUCUAAACUUUGUACCCUUUUAGACCUAAUUUGAAUUAGAUUAGACUUUCUCAAUUUUCAAUAUUUAUAAUCAGUGUCAACCAUUAUUUAACACUGGAUGUUUUUUGAUUAGGUUCCUACGACUACCUCAAAUGUGGACCUUCUAAGUGACUUUCUAGGAAAUUCUGGAUAACUCUAAAUCAAUAAACCUGCUAUGAUAUAAUUCUCUGCUUCAUUCCUCGUCACUCUUUGAAAUUAAAAUUACUGUUUGUUCAUAGUCUUUUUAUUUGUGUUUAGACGUAUGUCUUUCAGUUAAUAGUUGAUAUAUAUAAUUUGUACACUACUGCCUAUGAUAAAUACUGACUUGAGGAAACUUAUGAUGUGAUGUUAUUGUUUGCAUUUGUUUGACAUAAAUGUAAACUCCUAGAUUACGAAUGUAUGUAUAUUUUUUUCCCUUCAUGUUUCUUCAAUCUUUGUUGAACUAUCUACUUAUCUUCGUAAUCAUUAUGUUGUGCUAAACUUUAUUCAAGAUGAAUUACAUUUACCCACUUUC